AUUUUGUUAAAUUGUAAAAUAAUGGCCGAAAGCAAUAUUGAUCCGACUGUGAUAAAACUUACACAAGAUACACUUGGUAAAUAUGUUAAAAAACCUCCGCUCUCAGAAAAACUUUUGAAGAAACCACCUUUUCGGUUCCUAUUUGAUAUAUUCACUGUGGUUAUACGUGACACUGGUUGCUUUGAAGGACUGUAUACAGCCGAAGAACUUACUUUUGAGAACAUCAAAGACCGUGAUGACAAAAUGAAAUUCUUACAAAAAAUGAUUGAUGUUGUUAAACUUACAACAAAUGAUUCCUUAACGGUUCGUACUUCAAAGAUCGUCGCUGGUCAUGAACCGGAAAAAACCAAUGAGUUAUUACAGCUAAUGGGUCAGGUAAUUGAAAAUAAAUUAGACUGGAAAAAUGCAAUGAAUAAACUUAGUAGUGGAACGCCUGAUAAUAAGGAAAUAGUUACAAAAGACAGUAAACAAAAAGACAGCAAAAUUAAGGAAAAAAUUAAAGAUAAAAAUGCCAAAACUAAGGAAAUGAAAAUAAAAGAAUCGAAAACCGGUACAAAAGCAAUUUCAACAACAACAAAUGAUGGAAAAAUUAAGAAACCUUUAGUAGUAAGCAAAGAAAAAGAAAAAAAUACCAAAGACAAAACUACUAUAAGAGAUAAUAGGGAAAAGGACAUAACUAAAAAGAUGAAUGAAACAACAGAAAAGUCAAGUAAAAAAAUUAAAACUAAAACUGAGCAAAGUCCAUCCCCCAAUAAGGAUGAAAUUAAGCAAAAAGCUAAAGUUGCAAAAGUUGUACAACAAAGUAGCAUUGAUAAGAAAAUUGAUGAGGAAAUUAAAAAUAAAAUAUCUCCGAUUAAAAAAGUUGAUUCUCCAGUAAAGAAUAUUAAAGCAGAGGAGACGAUUUCUACAGUUGUUAAACAGAAUAGUUCACCACAACAUAGUACAGAAAAUGAUAUAUCAUUACCACAAGAACUGAAAAAGUCAUCUGAAACUGAACAAUUAAAUUUAACACCUUCAAAGGAAAGCGGAAGUCGUAAAUCUUCUGCUAAACUUAGUAAUGACACCCCUACCAAAAGUAGACGUUCGAGUGCAACCAAAAUGACUAAGAUUGAAAUUAGUAAUCAUGUUCAACAAAAUGACAUACAAAGUCUAGAUUCUUUAAGUACUUUAAAUGAAGUAGAAACAAGUCUCAACUCUAAAGCUAUAAAAUCAACGGAAUCCGUUGCAACAAAAGUGCAACCAACUGCUGCUACUGAAACUCCUAGUCCUAUCAAUAAAACGGAGUACAAAAGAGAAUCGACGUUUGUGCGUGAAAACUCUAAAGAUAGCACUAAUAGUGUUAAUGCCACUAAUCGACCACGUACAUCACUUAGACCGCCAAGUGCACGACCAGCUUCUGCACGUCCAGGUGCACCACGUAGAAGAGAUAAAAAUAUUGAAAUCGUACUACAACCAAAUGACCAAAUAAAUAUUUCCGGCAUAAAUGUUAAGCUUGAAACAUUUAAUGAUGUUUACGAUGAUGGCGAAAAUUUAGUUAUAAUUGAAGAUCCAAAUGCUGAACACAUAAAUGGUUUUAAUCUUAGCGAUCGCACAGAAAAUCAAACUGAAGAACUUGCACAACCAGGCCAUUUGGUACAACAAAUUCUAGAAACACAGAAAGAGUUAGUACAACAGAAUGUGAAUGAUAUAACGAAUAAAACGGAGAAGGAAACUGGUUAUACCAAUGGUCUAAAUGCACGACAAAGUUCAGCACGACAGAUGAACAAUUUACGUGAAGUUAUACAAAAUUUGGCUAAAUCGGUAAGUCCAUUAGGCAAGUUAAUGGAUCUAAUACCAGAAGAUAUCGAUGCAAUGCAACUUGAAUUAGUAAUGUGGCGCGAUACAUACGUUCAGGCUGCUGCCGAUCUUAGAAGGGAACGAAGUCUUACUACAUCUAUGACGGAACCAAUGAAAAAUCAAUUAGUCGAGAUCGAUGGAAACAUAAAGGAAUACAUUGAAAUGAUUAAAUCGAGCAGAGCAAAAAUAUUACAAAAUGGUGACAAAAUUAUAAAAAUGUUAACUGAACAAUAA